GGGAGACGGUCUCCUCUGCAACUACCCCUCUUCCUUCUUCCUUCGGCUUCGGAGAUUCCCAGGGCCUCGGCCCUCGCUCUCUCCGAAGCUUUUCUUUCCACACACACUGCCAAUCUCUCUCUCUCUCUCUUGCUCCACGUUCCUUCUUCUUUAAGAGCCGAAUCCAGAGAAGCACGGAAUUUCUAGACGAAAGAGCUCAGCUGAGAGAGAGCAAUACAUGGCAGCCUUUUCUUCCACGCGUUGUCCAUCACAUGCAACGACCCCGUCCUCCCCGUCGCCGCGGCCUCGUCUACCUUCUUCGGUUUGCGGGCAUGAUCGGCGAGCGACGCUUCCCUCCAUCCCAGGCGGGCUUGCGUUGCGGGCGCAGCCGUCGUCUCGGCUACGCAGGAGUCGCCGCGCCAAUGCGGUUCGCCUGCAUGAGGGUGCAGGGGCUACAACAAUCAUUCCAAUUGAAAACGAAUUUCCAAUGAAGAAAUCAAAAGACUCCUUGUCAUUGACCUUGCCCGAGGUGGAGAACAUAAACAUCAGCGAGAAUGAGUCUACUGUCAGCAUCACGGUGGUUGGGGCCUCUGGUGACCUUGCCAAAAAGAAGAUCUUUCCUGCGCUUUUUGCACUAUUUUAUGAAGACUGUCUCCCUAAGCACUUCACUAUAUAUGGUUAUGGUCGGAGUAAGAUGACUGAUGCUGAACUCAGAAACAUGAUCAGUAAAUCUCUAACUUGCAGGAUCGAUAAAAGUGAGAAUUGUGAAGAAAAGAUGGACCAGUUCCUGGAGAGAUGUUUCUAUCAUUCAGGCCAUUAUGAUUCCCCAGAGAACUUUGCAGAGCUAGAUAAGGAGCUAAAGCUGCAUGAGGGCAGGAGAAUUUCUAAUCGCCUCUUCUAUUUGUCGAUUCCUCCAAAUAUCUUCGUAGAUGCUGUAAGAUGUUCAAGCUCAUCAGCUGCAUCCGGAAACGGCUGGACUAGAGUAAUUGUGGAGAAACCUUUCGGUCGGGAUUCAGAAUCCUCAGCUGCUCUGACAAAAGCACUCAAGCAAUACUUAGAGGAAAAUCAAAUAUUCAGGAUCGACCAUUACUUAGGAAAGGAGCUAGUGGAGAACUUGUCAGUCCUCCGCUUCUCAAACCUCAUAUUUGAACCUUUGUGGUCAAGAAAGUAUAUAAGGAAUGUACAGUUGAUAUUCUCAGAAGAUUUUGGCACCGAAGGGCGUGGAGGGUACUUUGACAACUACGGAAUAAUAAGGGACAUCAUGCAAAACCAUCUACUUCAAAUACUGGCCCUUUUUGCCAUGGAAACUCCAGUCAGCUUGGAUGCAGAGGAUAUCAGAAAUGAGAAGGUCAAAGUUUUACGUUGCAUGAAGCCUUUACAUCUUGAUGACGUGGUAAUUGGUCAGUACACAAGCCACAAGGAGGGAUCUACCACUUACCUGGCCUACACCGAUGACAAGACUGUGCCAAAGGGGAGCUUAACUCCUACUUUCGCCGCGGCAGCCCUUUUCAUAAACAACGCAAGAUGGGAAGGGGUGCCUUUCUUGAUGAAAGCUGGAAAAGCAUUACAAGAUCGGAGGGCUGAGAUAAGAGUACAGUUCAGGCACGUGCCUGGCAAUUUGUAUAACCAGAAACUUGGGACGGAUCUUAAUCAAGCCACAAAUGAGCUUGUCAUCAGAGUGCAGCCAGAUGAGGCUAUUUAUUUGCUAAUAAACAAUAAGGUCCCUGGGUUGGAAAUGAAAUUGGACCACAGUAAUCUGAAUCUACACUAUGCCGCGAGAUAUUCCAAGGAGAUUCCUGAUGCAUAUGAAAGGCUUUUGCUUGAUGCUAUCGAAGGGGAAAGGAGAGUCUUUAUCCGUAGUGAUGAGUUGGAUGCUGCUUGGGCUAUCUUCACGCCUGUGUUGAAAGAGAUUGAGGAGAAGAAAACCAUCCCCGAGAGCUAUCCUUACGGCAGUCAGGGCCCUGUUGGGGCACACCGUCUUGCUGCAAGGUACAACGUAAGGUGGGGUGAUCUCGGCACAGGCCAGUGACCUACAACAGAUAACAUUCUUCUAUUUGUUUGUUUUUCCGUUCAUAUUUUUCCCCACUUCAAGUUGCAUUAUUUGUAAUCUUGGUCCAGAAACUGCUCAUUGCAAAAAUUUGAGCAUUUACCAGGACUUUGGCCAGAUGUGAAAGGCUUCAGUUUAGGGGUAUAAAGUAGUCAA